AUGUCUGCUGAACGCCCGCUGCCCGCUUUUGAUGACCUGCCCCCGUUUAAGGACUUCUCGGGCUGUGCCUGGGAGGUCUGGGGCAAGGACGACCAGCUCGGCACGGUGAACCUUCUGACGGACGACCUCGUGAAGGAGGCGUCCAAAGAGAUUAAGACUGGCAAAGCAAUUGGCUUGAACUGGCCGAUCAACUUUCCCGCGAAGCCUGCGUUUACCCGUAAGGAACCAGAGCAUAAGAUCAUCAUCCAUAAGAUGUUUGGCGCCGUGAUGGACGACCACCUCCACAUCAACACCCAGUCGGGCACGCAGUGGGACGGGCUGAAGCAUUUCGGCCUCGUUCACCACGGCCUCUUCUACCAGGGGCAGGACGGCAACCUUAACAUCACCAACCCCACCGAUAUCGACCCGGAGCUCAUCAAGUACGGCAUUCACAACUGGGCGCAGCAUGGCAUCUGCGGGCGCGGCGUCUUCCUGGACCUCGUGCGCUUCUACGAGACUGCGAACGGAGGAAGGCUCCCGUACGACCCGUUCACGUCGCACCCGAUCCCCCUCGCAGACAUCCUCGCGUGCGCGAAGCAGCAGGGCGUGACGUUCCGCCGCGGGGAUAUCCUCAUCUUGCGCGUCGGGUUCAUGCAACGCUUCAACGCGGCGACUCAGGACGAGCGCACCGCGCUCGGAUCGAAGCCGGAGACCUUUGCGGGCAUCGAACAGUCGGAGGACAUGAAGCGCUUCCUGUGGGAUAACCACUUCGCCGCUAUCGCGUCCGACCAGCCCGCGCUCGAGCGCUGGCCUCCUGAGGAGGGCGUCCAGCACCUCCAUCAGACCCUGCUAGGAUUAUGGGGCAUGCCCAUCGGCGAAUUCUUCGACCUCGAGGCGCUCUCGAAGCACAGCGCAGAGUCCGGUCGCUACACCUUCUUCUUCUCAUCUUGGCCCCUGAACGUCCUCGGCGGCGUCGCGAGCCCGCCUAACGCAGCCGCCUACUUCUGA